AUGGCUACUUAUAUAGAUCAUUCCGUGGUCCCCGCCUUCAGUCUCGAAGGCAGAUAUGUGAUGAUCCUUUACCCACAGGAACGGAAAUGGCACGAAAGGCUGGUGGUGCUGAGGUCGGUUCCGAGCUCCGAUCAGAGAACCCUUGGAUGGUGCGUCACCGCCACUCCGGACGGUGACGUGUAUGCCGAACCUUUGGCCCCUCCGAACGUCGUUGCCGUUGCCCUCUUAGCCGAGGAUCGGGCGCUGCCCCCGGGAUUGCUGCGCCGAAACGCCUAUCGAUUCGAGGACGGCGCCAUUGGCCAUGCGCCAUCUGCCGCCGAGGCCGCUCAUCUUCGAGGUGUUGCUCAGACCGAGCUCGAGGCGCUCCAGCGCGAGAUCGACCAGACCGAUGCCGGGGGUCACUGCUGGACACCAAGCCGGGACCAAAGGUAUGGGACAGACGGGAAGAGGCGCCGGGAGCUUCGUGAUGGGGUUGAGCUGGCCAGCGAAAGCACAUGGUCCGAUUGGCCAAUCAAGGGCCCCCGGACUGCCAAGUGGGUAGGCCAGUACGUUGUCACCAACGGCGGUAGCCCCAUCAGCAUGCACAACGCCUGGAAGGUUAACAGCAAGCUCCAGCCUUCGGACAACGGCGUCCUCGAGCACGAGAGCAUCUGCAAAGCCUUGGAGUUGGCGAUUGAGUACGACCAGCUCAACAUCGGGGAGCUUGCCACUAUGGAGUUGCUUUGCCGCCGCUUGCAGAUGAUCCAAUAUCGGUGGAAGGACCGGGUGCUUGGAUCUUACUCGAGUGGGACGGUUGACGACGAGUCCCACUUCUUCCUCGGCGUCGACCCCACCCGAGGCAACCUUUGCAUCUGCCCUGCGCUUAAUACCUGGCUGGGAGAGGAGCUUCAUAAGGAGGCCCAGGCGAACAAGGAGCAGCGAAAGGCCCGGGAGGAACGUGCCCUCCUCCGGGCCAACAAGCCAAAGCAGCGUGAUCUUCUCCCGUUGCGGCUGCCCACGGUGGAGAAUGGCAUCCAGGGGGUCCAGACCUUGAAUCACCUUUAUGGUCAAGACGAGGUUCGGAGUUUUGCCCCAGUGGGACCUCAGGCUUCUUCUUUGGAUGGCAUGGCGCACAAGUACAGACGCGUCGGCCCUCCUCCGCAGUCUCGUCCCGAAGAAGCCCUUCAGGCGCUUCUCGGCUCGAUGUCUGUCUACUCUUUGGACAACAUCGAGUGCAAUGUUGCCAGUUUCGACGAGGCGCUCGUCUCGUGGCCGGAGCCGGGGAGCCGUCCGGUUCGGAUUGCUGAUCACCUGGCUUCGGAUUCAGGAAACCUGUUGUCACUGGCGGGCGCAUCUGAGCUACUUGCCGAGGCUGAUGCUCUGAGUGGUUGCGACCCUGUGAAGCCUUACAUCGAUCCUGUGCUUUUGCAUUCGCCUGUACAUAUGGGUAGAUUUUGCGGCCGCCUUUUCAAAUCCCGAAUGCUCCAGUUUGUCCCAGGAAAGUUUGACCAUACUGUAGGUGUUUUCUUCGUUCGCAAAAAGAGUGGCAAGCUCCGGCUGAUCUUGGACACCCGGAAGGUUGCCGAGGGGGACGUUCUUUACACCGCGGCGGGUGACGUUGCCGAUGCCUUCCAUAGGAUGGAGCUGCCCAGCUGUGGCCCUGAAGACUUCGUCACACCCGCCGGCCUACUCGAGACCGACCGCAUUGAGGAUCGGACUUGGACCGGUCAGGUGAGGGCCGGGCGGACCAUUCAUGCUCAGUAUGUGGACAAUUUCUUCGUCAGUGGCAUUGACUCGGGGGUUGUGCAACAAUCUUUUGAUCGGAUGAAAUGCAUCUUGGAGGACUGGGGCUUUAGCAUCCACGAGGUUACCGAGGCCCAGCCUGUUGUCCACGGCCUGGGCUUGGUGAUUGACGGCGAGUCUCGAAGCGUUUCUUUGACCCCGGCCAGGAUCUGGAAACUACGUUUGGCUGCACUGGCGCUGUCACGCAGGCGGGUGCCCCCUCCUGCCAAAGUCAUUGAGAAGGUCGUUGGUCACUUCACUUUUGCAAUGAUGGUCAGAAGGGAGUGCCUUUCGGUGUUCAGCGCAGUGUACAAGUACAUCCGGUUCAAGGGCCAGUCCGAUCCUUCAUGCAGGCCUCAGCAAGCUCACGGCCUUUUGUGGCGUGCCGCUCAGCAAGAACUGGUUCAGGCCUCGUCCAUCCUUCCAUUGAUGUGCACUUCACUUGAUCUACCGUGGAGUCCUGUUGUGACUGCAACUGAUGCCAGCGAGAUAGGUUAUGGAGUUUGUCAACGGCACCUCGGCUGUGACCAAGUUGCACAGGUUGGGCGAUCGUGUGAGCGGUGGCGCUACGCCGUUGAAGGGGCCAUAAAAGCUCGUUCGAAUGCCCUGGGUGCAGGCGGCGACCAUGCUGACGAUCAAGCACAAUAUGAGUGCGCCCGCAUCCGGGACUCUGAGUUCAAAGAGGUCGGUGCCUCUGUCCUUGAUCCUUCUGCUUGGCACGUUGUCUUUAGUGGGCGAUGGCAGUUUCACGAGAAUAUCCUUCGAACGGAAGGUCGUGCUAUGCUUUCUGGGGCGCGGCACCUUCUCCGCUCUCAAAGGCAUGCUGGGCGGCAUCAUCUACUGUUGGUUGAUAACCUUGCCCUGGCACUUUCUUUCUUGUACUAA